CGCACAGCAGCGGUGUCCGAGCUGCGAAUGCUAAUACAGGAUAGGACCUAUACGAUUUAUACGCCGUUUUUACUUUUAGUUGAUUAAUGAACUUUUUGAAGAUCCCAGACACUGCCUCUUGGAAUUUUUAUCUCUCGGUGAACUCAAAGGAUGUAUUACUGCUAAAUUAACACUUCAAAGAGAAGAGUUGGGACACAUUUCCACCGAGAUGGGGGGGAAUUAUAAAGUUUGGAUAUUUUUACCAAUUUUAUUCUUGGUCCAUAAUAGCGAAGGACUCCGCUGCAUGGAUAAAUACAGACCUUGUGACAAUGGAGGAACGUGCAUAGACUCACCCUCGCGAUGCAUAUGUCGGCCGGGGUACAUCGGGCCUCUGUGCCAAAGCCUGGACCCCUGUCACCGGUCGCCAUGCCUCAACGGAGCCGCCUGCAAGAGCCAGGUGGCCAACGGAAUCCCACAAUUCACCUGUGUGUGCCAGAGAGGGUUCAGAGGUCAAGACUGCUCCCUCAUAGACGCCUGUGCCACCAGCCCCUGUGCCAAUGGUGCCCGCUGUGCCAAUUGGAAUAACCACUACAACUGUUCCUGCCCGCCUGGGUUCCAGGGGAAGAACUGCCGCAACGACAUCGAUGAGUGCCGCAAGCCUGGCGUCUGUCUCAACGCAGGCCUCUGCAUGAACACCCAUGGUUCCUUCCGCUGCCAGUGCCCACCUGGGUACAGCGGGCGCACCUGCGAGGUGUCCUCCCUGCCCUGCGCCCCCUCCCAGUGCAUCAACGGGGGCACCUGCCGCCCGACCGGAGAUCACACCUACGACUGUGCCUGCCUGCCAGGGUUCGAGGGACACAACUGUGAGACGAACGUGGACGACUGCCCAGGGCAUAAGUGUAUGAAUGGAGGCCUGUGUGUGGAUGGAGUCAACACCUAUAAUUGCCAGUGCCCACCUGAGUGGACAGGUCAGUACUGUGCAGAGGAUGUCAAUGAGUGCCUUAUGCAGCCCAACGCCUGCCACAACGGAGGCACCUGCUUCAACACUAUCGGGGGACACACCUGCGUGUGCGUCAACGGCUGGACGGGAGACGACUGCAGCGAGAACAUCGACGACUGUGCCACCGCCGUGUGCUUCAACGGAGCCACCUGCCACGACCGCGUGGCAUCCUUCUUCUGCGAAUGCCCUGUGGGGAAAACCGGUCUGCUGUGUCACCUGGACGACGCGUGCGUCAGCAACCCGUGUAACGAGGGCGCCGUGUGUGACACCAACCCCCUGAACGGGCGUGCCAUCUGCACCUGUCCCGCCGGCUUUGUGGGCGGAGCCUGCAACCAGGACAUGGACGAGUGUUCCAUUGGUGCCAACCCCUGUGAACACUUUGGGAAGUGUGUAAACACGGAGGGGUCCUUCCAGUGCCAGUGUGGCCGAGGCUACGCCGGCCCCCGCUGUGAGAUCGACAUCAACGAGUGUCUGUCCAUGCCCUGCCAGAACGAUGCCACCUGUCUGGACCGCAUCGGAGAGUUCACCUGCAUCUGCAUGCCAGGCUACAUGGGGACCUACUGUGAGGUGGAUGUGGAUGAGUGUGAGAGCAACCCUUGUGUGAACGACGGUAUCUGCCGGGACAUGGUCAAUGGAUUCACAUGCACCUGCCAGCCAGGGUUUACUGGCACCAUGUGUCAGAUCGACAUUGAUGAGUGCGCCAGCACGCCCUGCCAGAACGGAGCCAAGUGUUACGACCGGCCCAACGGAUACGAGUGCCGCUGUGCUGAAGGGUACGAGGGCACACUGUGCGAGAGCAACACCAACAACUGCCAGCCCGACCCGUGCCACCACGGCACCUGCGUGGACGGCAUCGCCAGCUACACGUGUAACUGCGAGGCGGGCUACACGGGCUACCGCUGCGAGAACCAGCUGAACGAGUGCCAUAGUAACCCCUGCCAGAACGGGGGCAAGUGUGUAGACCUGGUCAACAAGUACAUCUGCCAGUGUCAGCACGGCACCUCAGGUACCAACUGUGAGAUUAACUUUGAUGACUGCGCCAGCAAACCAUGUGACUAUGGAAUCUGCAAGGACGGCAUCAACCGCUACGACUGCGUGUGCAAACCAGGCUUCACCGGCCCUCUGUGCAACGUGGAGAUGGACGAGUGCUCGUCCGGCCCCUGCAGGAACGGGGGGACGUGUGUGGACAAGGAGAACGGCUUCCACUGCCAGUGUCCCGAGGGCUUCCAGCCUCCCUACUGCUACUCCCAGGUGGACGAGUGUGGCAGCAACCCCUGUGUGCACGGCGCCUGCAGAGACGACAUCAACGGCUACCGCUGUGACUGUGAGCCCGGCUGGGUGGGGAAGAACUGUGACCUAGACCGUAAUGACUGUCUGCCCAGCCCCUGUCAGAACGCUGGCACCUGCAUCGACCAGCUGAACGGAUUCACCUGCAAGUGUCGCCAGGGCUUCAGAGGUAACCUGUGCCAGGUAAACAUCAACGAGUGUUCGUCCAGUCCGUGUCUGAACCAGGGCACGUGUGUGGACGGCGUGGCCAGUUUCACCUGUCUGUGUGAGCUGCCCUACAGCGGGCCCACCUGUGCCGACGUGCUCACCCCCUGCUCCCCCAACCCCUGUGCCAACCAUGCCUUGUGCACCCACACACCUGACUACCUGGGCUACCAGUGCAACUGCCAGCAAGGAUGGCAAGGUCAGCUGUGCAACAUUGACGUGAACGAGUGCAUCGCCAACCCGUGUAAGAACCGUGGUACCUGCACCAACACACAGGGAGGGUUUGUGUGCUCCUGCCGCGGCGGCUUCACCGGGCCCAGCUGUGAGACGGACAUCAACGACUGUGCCCCUAACCCGUGUCUGAGUGGGGGUUCCUGUACGGACGGUGUGAACUCGUUCCGCUGCAGCUGUCUGCCAGGCUUCACGGGGCCGCGCUGUGCCGUGGAGGUGAACGAGUGUCAGAGCGCCCCCUGUAAGAACGGAGGCACCUGCACAGACUACGUCAACAGCUACACCUGCACCUGCAGACCUGGCUUCACUGGCAUUAACUGUGAGACAAACAUCCCUGACUGCACUGAAAGCUCAUGCUUCAACGGCGGUACCUGUACAGACAAGAUCAACGGCUACUCCUGUACCUGCCGCUCAGGCUUCACAGGCUCCCACUGCCAGUAUGAGGUGAAUGAGUGUGACUCCCAGCCAUGCCUCAACGGAGGGGUCUGCCAGGACGCUCUGGAGUCCUUCCGCUGCUCCUGCCCCAAGGGAUACACAGGCAACCGCUGCCAGAUGCCAGUGGACUGGUGCAGACGAUCGUCUCCCUGUCAGAACGGAGGGCGCUGUCAUCAGAAGGACGCCUCCUUCUCCUGUGAGUGUCUGGGAGGCUGGUCUGGACGCUACUGUGACAUCCCUGGGGUUUCCUGUGAGGUGGCCGCGCUCAAGAGAGGCCUCCAGACAGACGAGCUGUGUCACCACGGAGGUCACUGUGUCAACACAGGCAACACCCACUACUGUAAGUGUCCAACAGACUACACAGACAGCUACUGUGAGAGCCAGGUGGACCACUGUGAGGACAAACCCUGUCGCAACGGCGCCACCUGCAGGGCCUACGUGGGAGGAUACCAGUGUGACUGUAUGCCAGGCUACACCGGAGAGAACUGUGAGAUGGAGGUCAACGAGUGCCAGUCUCACCCGUGCCAGAACGGUGGCACCUGCAUUGACCUGGUGGGACACUACAUCUGCUCCUGCCCACCUGGCACCUUGGGUGUUCUAUGUGAGAUCAACGAGGAUGACUGUGCUCCUCCUCUGAGGCUGCGCGGGACUUCUCCUAAGUGUCUGAACAACGGUACCUGUGUGGACAGGGUGGGGGGCUACCGCUGUAACUGUCCUCCUGGCUUCACUGGAGAGAGGUGUGAGGGGGACAUCAACGAGUGUCACUCCAACCCCUGCAGCCCCACCAACAGUCUGGACUGCAUCCAGCUCCCCAACGACUACCAGUGUGUCUGCAAGCCCGGCUUCACAGGUAAGGAGGGUGUGCGUGUGAACAACUGUGAGAGGAGCAUGUCGUGCCGGGAGUUGUCUUGCUAUAAUGGAGGUAGCUGUGCUCUGACCACGCGGGGCGCCCGCUGUACCUGCCUGACUGGCUACGCCGGGCCCCAGUGCCAGCACCGUAGUAACGAGGGCUGCUCCUCCCAGCCGUGCCGCAACGGAGGCCUCUGCACCGAGGAGACCAGCUUCCCCUUCUUCCACUGCCAGUGUGUCCAAGGCUGGACGGGCAAGCGCUGCGAGCAGGGCAGCACUAGGCUGGCAGAGCCCCCUCCGCCGCCCACCUGCCCCCUGCCCGACUGCCACGGCAAGGCCAACGACGGUGUCUGCGACAAGGAGUGCAACACAUUCCUCUGCCGCUGGGACGGGGCCGACUGCUCGCUGGCGGUGAACCCGUGGGCGCGCUGCACCGACCCGCGCUGCUGGCGUGUCUUCAACAACAGCCAGUGUGACGAGGCGUGCAACAACGCUGACUGCCUCUACGACAACUUUGAUUGCAAGAACAAGGAGAAAAUCUGCAAUCCCAUCUACAAGACGUACUGUAUCGACCACUACGCUGACGGUCGCUGUGACCAGGGCUGUAACUCAGAGGAGUGUGGCUGGGACGGUCUGGACUGUGCAGGGAAGGUUCCAGAGGACCUGGCUGACGGGGUGCUGGUCCUGGUGGUCCUGCUACCCCCGGAGGAGCUAGUACGUACGGGCACCGCCUUCCUGCAGAAGCUCAGCGCCAUCCUGAGAACCACCCUGCGCUUCCGCCUGGACCAAAACGGAGAGGCCAUGAUCCGGCCCUACAUCCGGCGAGAGGCGCGCCUCAAACGAGAGCUGCAGCCCCACCAGGAGGUCAUUGGGUCCAUAGUGUACCUGGAGAUAGACAACCGUCUGUGUUCCCAGAGCUCUGAUGACUGUUUCCCGUCGGCAAACAGUGCAGCAGACUACCUGGGAGCCCUGUCAGCCGUGGAGAUGCUCAGCUUCCCAUACCCCCUCAAAGAAGUCCGCAGUGAGAAGUUCCCAGACAUUAUAGACAUGCCAGAGUGGGGCAAGCUGAUGCUGGUGGGCGUGGCAGCCCUGUUCCUAUUGGUCAUCCUGGUGGUGGGCGUGCUGAUCGCCCGCAGGAAGAGAGAACACAGCACCCUGUGGUUCCCCGAGGGCUUCUUCCCCAAGAAGGAACCCAGCAGCAACAAGAACCGCAGGGAACCCUUAGGCCAGGACGCACUGGGCAUGAAACACAUGCCCAAGACGGUGGAGGAGUCUCUGCUUGGCGACCACAGUGACUCGUGGAUUGACACAGACUGCCCUGAGGCCAAGAGACUGAAGGUUGAGGAGCCCAGCAUCCUGUCAGACAGUGAAGACACUGUAGACUGUAGACAGUGGACCCAGCACCACCUAGCGGCUGCAGACAUCCGCAUGCCCCCCUCCAUGGCCCUCACCCCGCCCCAGGGAGAGUUCGACCAGGACUGCAUGGACGUCAACGUCCGAGGACCUGACGGUUUCACCCCUCUGAUGCUGGCGUCGUUCUGCGGAGGCGGUCUGGAGCCCGAGCUCCCCGAGGAGGAGGAGUCAGAGGAGUGUUCUGCCAACAUCAUCUCUGACCUCAUCUACCAGGGCGCCACAUUGGCCGCCCAGACGGACCGCACCGGAGAGACCGCCCUUCAUCUGGCUGCCCGCUACGCCCGCGCUGACGCUGCCAAGCGGCUGUUGGACGCCGGGGCCGACGCCAAUGCACAGGACAACACAGGCCGCACGCCGCUACACGCUGCCGUGGCCGCCGACGCCCAGGGGGUGUUCCAGAUUCUGAUCAGGACCCGGGCCACAGACCUGGACUCUCGUAUGUACGACGGCUCCACCGCCCUGAUCCUGGCUGCCCGCCUGGCUGUAGAGGGCAUGGUGGAGGAACUCAUCACCUGCCAUGCAGACAUCAACGCUGUCGACGAACUGGGUAAAUCUGCUCUGCACUGGGCAGCUGCUGUCAACAACAUGGAGGCCACCAUGGCCCUGCUGAAGAACGGAGCCAACAAAGACAUGCAGGACCUCAAGGAGGAGACCCCUCUCUUCCUGGCGGCGCGUGAGGGUAGUUGUGAGGCAGUCAAGAUCCUCCUGGCCCACUUCGCCAACAGGGAGAUAACUGACCAUAUGGACCGUCUGCCUCGGGACAUCGCCCAGGAGCGAAUGCACCAUGACAUUGUUCAGCUGCUGGAUGAGUACAACACAGUGAGGAGCCCCCAGGGCCACGGAGGGGCCCCACACCACCUGGCCGGGGGACACACCUUGUCCCCCCUCAUGUGUCCCCCCAGCGCCUUCAUGCCCGGCCUGAAGAACACCCCCCAGGGGAAGAAGAGUCGCCGCCCCGGGGCCAAGGGUUCAGGUCUGGGAGGGCAGCAUGCCCAGAACCUCAAGGAUUCAGCUAAGGCCCGCAACAAGAAGCUGACCCUGGACAUGCAGAGCGCCCUGCUGGAGAGCUCUGUCACCCUGUCCCCCGUCGACUCCCUGGACUCCCCCCGCGGAGGGGCCAACAAUGCCGGCUACAUCACCAACCCCUGCUCCCCGGUGGCCAUGCCCUCCUCUGGGCUCUUCCACUCCUCCAUGUCAGUGCCCAGCACUCCCAUGGUGCACAGCAGCAUGAUGGACGGCUCUGGCCCCUUCGCUGUGUCUCUGGCCCAGCUCAACGACCUGGGAGAUGGAGGCAUGUCCAUGCAGGGCCGCGUGUCCAUGGCCAGCCAGGUCAACCAGGGCCCCCACGGCUACGUGCUCAACGCCGGCCAGCUGGGGCUCAACAUGGGCCUGGUGAGCCCUGUCAGCGUGCCCUUCGACUGGCACAGCCGCAUGCCCCCCUCCUCCCAGUGCGGGGGACAGGUGGUGAACCUGGUCCACAGCAGCCAGGCGGGCAUGCACCCUCAGAGCCCCAUGCAGCAGCAGCAGAACAGCCUCAUGAUGCAGCAGCACCAGCAGCACCAGCAGCACCUGUACCGCAGCGCCCAGCAGGCCAUGCUGCAGCCCACGCCUGUCAUCUCCAGCACGCCCAUCUCCCUCAGCCCUGUCAAGCUGCCCUCCAUCGCAGAGCAGCAGCAGCAGCUCCACAACCACUCCAUGGCCAGCCAGCAGAGCCUCCGCAUGGGCACCUCCUCCCCACCCACCCCCCAGACGACACAGCCCCCUCCAGCCUUCUUCCAGCAGCAGCCCCCCGGGCAGCAGCAGCCUCCUCAGCCCCAGCCAGCCCCUCAGCCCACCUCUCCCCAGGCCUCCCAGGCCCCUCCUCCCCAGGCCAGUGGCAGCACUGCAGGCUUGGAGGACUACCCCACCCCACCCUCCCAGCACAGCUACUCCUCCGCCCUGGAUGCCACCCCCAAGCAUUACCUCCGCCUGCCCAGCGAGCAUCCCUACCUGACCCCCUCCCCAGAGUCGCCCGAGCCCUGGUCCAGCCCCCUCCCCCCACUGUGUCUGAUUGGUCAGACUCCACCCCCAGCCCCGGCGGUGGCCGGUCCUGCCCAAACCCAGAUCCCCCAUGUCCAGGAGUCCAACGGCAAGAUGCAGGUGUUUGCAUGAACCCCCAAGGCACCUGGUUAACACAUGGUUAACAGAGACCUGCCUGGGGGAGAGGGGAGAGGAGACGACUGGCUGUAAAGGCCUGUGUGUCUCGAGUUUGUGUCAGACUGGUUCUAAGAUUUUCAUUGGAUUUGGAUUGACUGUGUUUUUUGCAGAGAAAGAGUAAAGGGAAAUGUGUGUUGUCUGGAUAUAAAAGAGCAGACAAUUUAAUGAAGUAAGACUUAUUCUGUCACAGAUGGACUUGUUUUUUUAUUAUUAUAAAAAGUAUAUGAAGAAAACGAAGUCUUUCAUUUCAAAGACUUAGGGACGCUCUCCUGAAAAACUAACAAACUUUUUAAAAAGUAGAUAAAAGAAAGAAAAAAGAAAAAAUGUUGAAGGGAAUUCCUUUAUUUUUAUUUAUUGUUUUUUUUGUGUUUCUCAGAACUGCCUUUUCAGGUGUUUUCUCAGUCUCUUUCUGUCCUGCCCUCUCACACAGUGUUUCACACUCACCUGUUACAUGGAACACGGCUUGGGCUCACCUGAGGCCAGUGGUGUUAUAAGGAAAACUACUAGUGAUUCACUCACUCACUCCCCACCACCACCAGUGUCUAACACACCGUAGGCAGAUCAACAUGGGGUUCAGACAGAAAGAGGAAGAGGUCUCGCCUCUCUUGACUGAUGUUAUUUAUUUAGGCCAACAGGUAAAACGAUCAGAUUGGCUUAGGAACAAAUAUGUACUCUUUUAAGUUGGCUGUCAUUAGUGAUAUUAUGUUCUGAUUUGAUGAACUAGGAAAAAAAGAACUGAUUACAUUCCAUAGAAGUAUUAUUUGUAAGAAUGUAGAAUGAUGGGCGUCUCUGAAGCACUUCACGGGACAAAGCGUUUGGAGGGAGGGUGAUCGUGAGGUGGGGUUCUGACAUUGCAAUGAAGCACUCUGCUUAUCCACACACACAGAGCCAGGAAGGCAUUUAAACAUUAAUUACAGUACGUUCAUUGGCCAGUGUUCAGUCAGACAGACAGACAACUAAACAAAAACAGUGAUGUGUUAAAGUUUCAACUUCAGCCACAUUCUUCCCCAGGCUGUCUGGGUGAGUGUCAGUCCCACUCAUGGCUCGAGUCAUCCUCCUGGUCAUGUCUCAUUGGUCCUGGUCUAAAGGGUCAGCCUACCACUGUCAGUGUAAACCCACCCAUUCUGCCAUCACUACUUAAGUCAUAGCUUGUUUUCACUCAUUCUGAACAUUCAUUCAGAUGAGGGCAUUAUUAUUUUGCCAAUUUUAAAUCAGCCUGUCACUGCCCUUUAGUUUUACUCAGUUAUGUGUUUGUUUUUUAUAUACUGUAUAUGUGUUGACACCAUGGUUACCUUUUUGAACAUCUCCUCGGUGUGCUAAGCUAUGUUUAUCGGCUGCUAUUCUUUUACCACUCCCCUGCAAACAUUCCUGCAUGUUGCCUGUCAGUGUGAUAGCAUGUUUUUUACUGGUUCUAUUCUAUUAUUUGACCCCUGGUCCUGUUUUUGUGUAGCCUGAGUCCCACAUCUGUUUGUGCUCUCUUGCCUACUCCAUUGCUGUCAUUGUUAUGCGUGCAAGACCGCACACAUAGAUCUGGGACUCAGGCUAGCUGUUGUAUUGGCCAAUAGACGCACAUUCUCUUGCGGUUCCAUUGGUAAUUGAGGUGUUGGUAUGUUCUCUCUCCUGUGGUUCAGUUAUGGAUAAGUCUGUGGACUGAUUCCAACUCUGGUGCGGUCCAGUCGUGGUCAGUCAGUCGGCCAGUGUGAGGGCGUGGCUGGUGGGUUGGGACUGCUAGUGCUCUGUCACUCCUCAGGGAGGUGUUAUACUACGGCAUGCAGAGGAGCGUUCCCCUGCAUCUUUAGCAGCUUGCACCCCACCAGCCACGGAGAGGACAUUUAGACAUGACUUGUUAGAAGACGUGGAAGGAGAGAACACUACUAUGUAGUGCUGCACCCUCUACUGUAGCUCUUUACUAUGGAUGUCACUCCCCAGUGAUCCAACUAACCCUCACAACCACACCACUGCUGCUCCCUGGCUAGGAUACUUACUACUGGGAAAGCCAAUCACCUCUAUGCCCACCAGAUCCUCCUCCCCUGUUCGGCUUCAUUACUAUGUUUCCUUCACUGGUCCAAGCCUGUUCACUAUAACCAGCUACUACAGUAGAGUCAGACAUGGGAGGUUUCUGGGUUGGACUGGUACUAGGUUCAGAUUCCAGUUCAGGGUUCAUUUAGUGAAGUAUCUAUUUGUUGUCCUUUGAUUUCCUUUCCUGGCCACACUACUAUGCUCUGUCUCUACAUUUCAGAUAUCCCAACUUCUGUCUGUAAAUAACGUUUGUCCUGGGUAGAUCUACUUGUUUAAGAUGAAUCUUAUGUUUCUAAAAAUGAUUUUGUACUAAAAAGGACAAAAAGAAAAUUGAGGAUAUGACUGAUAUUUUAUUGGUCUUGUAUUAUUAGAAGUCAUAGAUAUUUUCUAUCAUCAUUAUUAUUAAUUCCUAUACUUGUUUAAAAGUAGUUUAAAAAUCAUUGUACAUAAAAAAACGUUCCACAAUGUUUCUUUCUACAGACAAAAGUUGUAAAAUAAGUCACUUCUAAUAAAAACUGUAGGGAACUACA